CUGUAUCUGUAGUUUUACUGAAGUAAAAAAGUGAGUACUUUACCCACCCCACCACUGAUCAUUUGUGAAAAUGCUAUUGCUGAGGGGAGGCUGAACGCAACUAAAUUGUAAAAAAAAAUAAUAAUAAUAACUUUACCUGAGCGUUUGUUUGCAAUAAUAUAAAAACAAAUAUGGCCAAAAACACACACACACACACACACACACACACAUAUAUAUAUAAAGGCUCAGGAACUUAAGCGUUUGAUUAUACAAUUUUAAAUUUAGCGGGACAGAUUUAAUUCAAGUAUAUUUUGAAUUUAAAAUACACAGUUUUUCCCAUUUGCUUACAUAACUCAAAUAUGUACUUAAUUGAUUCAGUUUUGAGUAUAGUUAUUAUAAUAUUAUUAUUUUUCACAUCCAAAAAUUAAUAAUUAAAGAGGAAUGGAUACCCGGCCGACAGGUGUUCUUACGAGGUGUCCCUUAUUAUUUUUUUCAGGGAGUUGGCAACCCUACAUACAAGUAAACCAGUCAAUUCCAAGCAAAUGGUCUGCGAGCCUUUCUUCUGCACAGAUAGACAUAAAAUAUGAAGAGGAAAAAGAAACAAGUGGAAAAAAGGGGGAAAUAAAAUAAUAUUAGCAUAAACAUUAGUUUUGUAAGAACUACACCACACAUUCCCAACAGCUGGUGGCAGUAAUUUACGCAAACAGUUUCCCGCGGACCACAAAUUAACGCGAAGAAGCCGACAAAAAAGAAAAUGGCCGCAGAGAAAAACAAAAACAAAAGUUGUUACCAGUGCAGUGCAGUUUCUUCCUUUUAAUGAUAUAAACUACCGAAGAUCUUCGUGAAACAUGGGCCAAUCUAGCGAAAAUGACCUUCUCCAGCAACUACUCGAGAUGAAUUUAGUGCCAAGAAAAAAUGGUACACACAGAUACAACGACACAUCUCUUGCUGAUUUCUCAGAAAUGUGGUAUGGGGUUUUUCUAUGGGCAGCCGUCUCCUCUCUGAUCUUCCACCUGCCGGCAUCUUUGCUCUCGUUCGUUGCACUUAGACAGCACAAAAUGGCCCGAUUCAUGCCCAUCGCCAUCCUCUUAAUGGGCAUCGUUGGACCUGUGGGUGGAGGCGUACUCACCAGUGCAGCCAUAGCAGGCGUUUACAAGGCAGCUGGGAAGAAGAUGAUCUCUCUGGAGGCUUUAUUUUUUGGUGUUGGACAGUCCUUCCUGAUCCUCGUUAUUUCAUUCCUUCGAGUGCUUGCCACACUUUAGCGGCAGGAUACAGAUAGCCUCCUUACUAGUCACAACAAUUAGCUGUGGCUUGGACAAAUGGAGAUGCAUCAUGUGAUUUCAUUUCCUGCUGCUUGAGCAGUACGAGGGUAGAACUUCUGCUAAAACAACAUGGAGCAACUCAGGUGAAAAAAUGAAAUAUACAGCAGGAUCCUGCUUGUGUGGACUUUGAUGGGUUUAAUGGGUUCUUAGCCAGUUGGAUCCCAGGAAUGCUAGGCAACAGCCAAUGGCAGAUCAGCUAUAAGUAUGUUACGUUCUGUAAACACUGGAGGCUGCGAGUACCAGUCAUAAUGUAUUUUUGCCUUUUGUAUCCUGAAAUUUCUUCCGUAACGAGGUAAUAUUUGCCCGUUGAGACGUGUUUCAACCUGAAAAUUCAGUAUGUAGAGACGUUUGUAAGUAGUACCAAUAUAGAAAACAAUGAUUUGUACAUGUAUACAUGCAUAUAUCUUAAUAUUUUUAAAUAAAAUAACACUUAG